AUGGCCGAUGAUAGUUUGGAUGAAUUCUUGGCUUGGGACAUUGCUCAGAAUAAAACAGAAACCGCAUGGUCUUCCAGAGUCUCUGCAAAGAGUAGAGCGCGCAGAACUUAUGGCAGUAGUCGAGGUGGUAGCCUCGCAUCACAGCGACGAACUAUUAGUGAAUCCGAUGAAUACAUAAUAGCCAAUGAUGGCUUGUCCGCCAACGAUGAGGUAUCGGAAGAAGAAGAAGAAUUCGGUGGUGAAUCUUCACUUCCUCCUCCGCUUCCUCCACCUGCCCCACUAUUAAAAAGGGCCAAUUCAGUCACUACCUAUGAUCGAGUGCGCACACCAAGGAUGAGGAGAUCCAACUCUAUUUCCUUUGCAGCUCGAGAUGAUACAGUGAAAAAGGCCACCUUUCCCAGACGCUCUUCGAUGUCUGCCCAACCCUUGGGAUCUGUGGAUAGCUUUUCCGAAAAUCAUCAUCCAAACUUGAGUGUACUGGAAGAGUUUGUCUCACCAAAGCGACCCAAGAUGACUAUUGAAUUUCCAAACCGGAAAAGAGUCAAGUCCGAAGAUGUAAGCGGUCCUAAGGUUCCCCUAUCUGAAUCCUUCUCAAAUCUGGCAAAGGUUGGUGAAGAUCGUUUGUUUUGGGCAAAGGCAGCUGCCACAGAGGCAGCCUUGUCAUUCAACAACAAUGGCCCUGUCGCCCAAGACAAGUACUAUGAGCCGAUUGAAUUCACGGAUUCUUCUCCUGCUGCAGAAAGCGUAGGCUCAAGAAAGCGUGGGAUUUGGGACUCUCCGCUGGAUGAUAGUGAUGAAUAUGACAGUUUGUCAGGAGGACCGUCUAUUCGAAGGACGCGAUUCUUCUCACCGUCUCAAACACCUGUUCAUUCAUCGAAUGCUGCAAAUACUGGCAGCUUGUCUCAAAUGUCGGUAAAUUCGGAAGAUCGGCCACGGAUCCAAGAGGAAAGCUUGGAUACGGAUGACGACUUGUCCACAGACGAUGUAUCAGUGGACAGUCAAAUGGAAGCCAAGACACCUAUGAAUGAUCUUUCGCACUAUGGAAAUCAUUCGAUUGGAGGGCUUUCUCCCGAUUUGCUCGAUGUAAGGAAUGCUGGACCUGAUGACAUCAUCAGUACCAUGUCUUCCUACCAAGAUCUACGAUUUCUGGUGAGAUCACUUCGCAAGGAGAAGUCCAAUAGCCGAACAAGUUGGCAUGUUGCACCACCAGUGCAAUGGGAAUCGCAACGAAGACAAGCAUUCCUUUACUGGGCCACAAGAACUCUUGGUUUUUCUUUUCGAUCUGGUGGCAUGGCUAUCACAUACAUGCAAAUCUCAAAAGCCAAGGGGGCAGAGAUACUCGAACUUCUUGAGAUGGCUGUCACCUCCUGGAAGGAGCAAGGAUUCGCGGAACAGACCCCAUUAGAAAGCUCCAAGAAGCUCAAGUUCACCUUUUCAUCAGUCAAUAAGACACUGGGGACUCCCAGAGCACUAGCGCUUACACCAAAGGAAUCUACAAUAACAAGUAAUUUCAACUCAGGCAACAGCGAAGUGGUUGACGACCUUUCCAGCAAAAUGAUGUCGCUUGGAAUGAGUGACAAAAAGAAGAAUCUACGUUUCAGUGAUCAAUACAUGCCAAUGGGAGGAAUGAUUCUUGAAGAUUCGGAGGAAUUGUCUUUCAUCGAAGCAUCUCGGCCUUCCUUGGAGAAUCAUGCAAGUGCAAGAGAUUUGAUGGCGCAUAUGCAUGGGUUGACACCAAUUCCAAGAAAAGGUCGCCCACCAAGGUUGUCGAUUGAGAGCACGGGAUCUAAUGGAGCGAGCGGUAUGUCACGGGGGAUUUUUGAUGACAUGUCGCCGUAUCCGAAAGCAGCCCAACCUCUUGGCAACGAUUGCAUGACACCAAUGGUAACCAAGCCAGAUCUUGGAUGGGGAUCCUGUCCUGUCUCAGGACGAGACUGGGGAGCGUCCGAGUCUUGCUCGCCUAAUAUUAUUGAGGAACUUGUACGACGAUUUGAUCAAAGCGGAAUAGAAGCUGGUAUUGUUGACGAUACAAUGAUACCACAAAAUUCGUGGAAUUCUUCCGAAAGUUCCUCCAAUCGUUUUGAUCUCGAGCUCGAGGCAGCUGGCAACGAACAGGAAUCGAGUAACAACAGCUUCGAAAUUCCAGGAGACAACUUUGGCUCUGGCCUUGAUCCUAUUCUUCAGACGAAACAAGAUAGGCGUCGCCAAACAUCAUUUGCGAAGCAUGCUCGAAUGUCACUUAUUGCGUCGGCUGUGAAUCCCAAUGGACCAAUUGUGAAUGGUCGCAAGUCACUGUUCGAUCGUCCAAGCAGAGUCUUUUUGGGCACGGACUUUGCCCUGGCCGAAAGGCUGGAAGCAACCCCUGCAUUUGCUCCAUCCAAUGAUGCCACGUUGGAUGACCCAGCGUGCUCUCGCCGUACUGCACUGGCUGAUGCUGGCGUCCUUGAAACUAUUCUAAGCUUCCUCAACGAGCCAGAGCUGCUGUGCACUGCAAGUCUCGUCUCUAUACAUUGGGCAGAUUGUGCCACUCAGGCGCAUGCCAACAUGAUGUUAAUGAGUGUUGGCUGCGCAAGUGAAUCUGACACCGAAAGCAACGACGACGGUUCUAUCGUGGAGGAAGAAAUGCAGACAUGCGGCUUCAUGGAGCGAGAAUGGGGAUUUCUUGUCUCUAACUUUCCAUGGGCCUGCUUCCUUUCCGAAGGUGCUUUCAAACGUGUUUACAAGGUGUUCAACCACAACCAUCGAGUGGAAGAAGCUAUUUCUGUCAUGGAUGUGAAUACAAUCGAGUCAACUGGAAAUAUAAAUGUCGUUGGAGCAGAGUUGGCGGUAUCCGUCCUUCUCAGUUCUCUUGUCCGGCGUGGAGUGUGUCCUAAUUUUAUUGUCACCCGAGGCAUUUUCUCUUGUGCCUACGAGCCUCCCGCACGAUCUUGGGGGUCGGCGACGAAUAAGCGUCCAAAAGGAUCAUCCUACGUUUCUCCCAAGUCGAAAAGACAACCAAAAGAACCUGCACAGGAUAAACGGGGGCGAUACCAAUACAUUCGAAUGGAACUUUGUGACGAGGGAGAUGCUGAAGAAUAUUUGAAGCGCCAACCUGAUGGAGCAAUCGACCCGAUCGAGUCCAUGAAGCUGCUGUUUCAAAUGGCCUUCUCCUUACACGCUGCAGCUGAUCGCUUUAGUUUGAAACAUUACGACGUCAAGCUUCUCAACUUCUUUCUCCAAGGGGUUACGACGGAAAAGGAAGGGAAUGUGGUAAUGAGGUAUGGUCUUGGUGAACAUACUUUCGCAUUGAAAUCAAAACAUGGAGAAGGUGUCAUCGCAAAGCUGGCAGACUACGGUACGGCAAACGUGGAUUCCGGUUCUUGUGGUCAAGCUGUUACCAUUGCCCAGUUUACGACGCUCGAGAAUACGCCAAUCGACUUCUUGAUACUUGGUGAUUCUGCUCUACAAGGACACGGACAUGAUUGCUUUGGUUUAGGCUUGUGCAUGUUGCACCUAUACACAGGACAUGCUCCUUACGAAGAAAUCUUGGAAGAAGUCACCUGCCCACAGGGUCUCAAGAAGGAACUUCGCUUGAUCUGGGAGAAUGAAGCUGAGUCAAACUACUCUGUCAUUCGAAGUCUUAUCUUGUCCGAGGUCUACAAAGACGAAGAAGGGCACAUCAUCGAAGGAGAACCCGAUGAAUCCUUGUAUGAUACUUUAUACCGGUUCCUUGUCCUAUUUGGCAUUCCAGUUGUUUCUUCAACACUUUCUAGCUCGAAGGUUUGGAUUGCAAUCAAGAAUACUUUGGAGAACAAGGCGAAGAAAUCAGGAGGAAAAAAGAAUCAACGAAAUGACAGCACUCAAUUCAGUAGCGACCGAAGAAAGUAUUCUAUCAGUCGAGGAAACAACAAAUACAUUGCAAGGGCUCGCAAAUCACUUGAGUCUUUGCAUGGUGGCAUGGAUCUACUGUUGUCUUUGGUUUCCUUCGAUCCACAAACAAGGGCUUCCGCUCUUGAUGUUCUAAAUUCACCCUUCAUGACACCUCUUCGAGAAGAAGCGGAAGAAUCGCAAUACAGUGAAAACGACGAAGUGUUCACUUACAAUGCAUUCUCAAUCAAAAGUACGUAG